AUGGCCGACUUCGUCGACCCCCGGAUGACCUCCAUCAAGCCCCGCAUCCGCUACAACACCAUCGGAGGUAUCAACGGACCGCUGGUGUUCCUCGAUAACGUCAAGUUCCCUCGUUACAAUGAGAUCGUGUCUCUGACGCUUCCCGAUGGCACGGAGCGCUCCGGUCAGGUCCUGGAAGCUAGAGUCUACGAUCAGGUGUUCGAAGGCACUUCCGGUAUUGAUGUGAAGAAGACCAAAGUCGAGUUCUCCGGCCACAGUUUGAAGCUGGGUGUCUCCGAGGACAUGUUGGGUCGUGUCUUUGACGGAUCAGGACGUGCCAUCGACAAGGGCCCCAAGGUGUUGGCGGAGGACUAUCUCGAUAUCAACGGACAGCCCAUCAACCCUUACUCUCGAGUGUAUCCCGAGGAAAUGAUUUCCACCGGUAUCUCCGCCAUCGACACGAUGAACUCCAUUGCUCGUGGACAGAAGAUUCCCAUCUUCUCCGCCGCCGGUCUUCCCCACAACGAGAUUGCCGCCCAGAUCUGUCGUCAAGCCGGCCUAGUCAAGCGACCCACCAAGGAUGUCCAUGACGGUCAUGAGGAGAACUUCUCAAUUGUCUUUGCUGCGAUGGGUGUUAACAUGGAAACGGCUCGUUUCUUCACUCGCGACUUCGAGGAGAACGGUAGUAUGGAACGUGUCACUCUGUUCCUCAACUUGGCCAAUGAUCCCACCAUUGAGCGUAUUAUCACACCUCGCCUGGCCCUGACCACCGCAGAAUACUACGCUUAUCAAUUGGAGAAGCACGUUCUGGUCAUCAUGACCGAUCUGUCGGCCUACUGUGACGCUCUCCGUGAGGUCUCAGCCGCUCGUGAGGAAGUGCCGGGUCGUCGCGGUUACCCCGGUUACAUGUACACGGAUUUGUCCACUAUCUAUGAGCGUGCUGGUCGUGUUGAGGGCCGUAACGGAUCCAUCACCCAGAUUCCUAUUCUGACGAUGCCUAACGAUGAUAUCACUCACCCCAUUCCCGAUCUGACUGGUUAUAUCACGGAGGGCCAGAUUUUCGUCGAUCGCCAGCUUGCCAACAAGGGUGUCUACCCUCCUAUUAACGUGCUGCCUUCACUGUCCCGUCUGAUGAAAUCGGCUAUUGGCGAGGGACGUACCCGCAAGGACCACUCGGAUGUCUCUAACCAACUGUAUGCGAAGUACGCUAUCGGUCGUGAUGCCGCCGCCAUGAAGGCAGUCGUCGGAGAGGAAGCCCUGUCUUCCGAGGACAAGCUUUCCCUGGAAUUCCUCGACAAGUUCGAGCGCACCUUCAUCAGCCAGUCUCCCUAUGAGUCUCGCACAAUUCAGGAGUCCCUCGACAUUGCAUGGAACCUUCUCCGCGUAUACCCCAAGGAAUUGCUGAACCGUAUCCCGAAGCGUGUUCUGGAUGAAUUCUACGCCCGCUCCGCCCGCAAGAUCGCCAACAAGGAUACCCGCGAUAACUCGGGCGAGCAGCAGCAGGGCUCUUCGCAGCAGAGCGCCAACCUCAUUGAUGCAUGA